AUGUCGACCACCCACCCGAAGACGGCUCACUAUGUUCCUGCACCUCCGACAAAGGCAGACUUGGACUAUGCAGAUCUUCCUAUCAUAGAUUUCGCCAAAAUCGACACUUAUGAAGGCCGCAAAGCUCUUGCAGAGCAGGCUCGCAACGCUAUGUCGAACCAGGGAUUCUUCUAUGUCAUUAAUCAUAGCUACACUGCUGAACAGACCGAAAGAAUAUUCGAUAUUGCCGACGUGCCUUUUUCUCAAGUGAGCGAGGAGGAAAAGAAGGUGUAUGUUGCCAAGAUGAAGGAGAACGGAUCGUACCAAGGCUAUAAACCACGUCAAUAUUGGUAUAUCGAUGGAGGCGUGCGAGAUCAAUUGGAACACUACAAUAUCAACAGAGACAUCACUAAGCGCGAACAUCCGAAACCAUUGCGCCCCUUCUUGCCCGAGAUUGCGGAAUUUGCUCGAUACAACCACGAAAAAGUUCUCCAUCCCAUCUUACGGCUGCUCGCUCUAGUCCGGUUUAUGAAAUACUACCCAAGAACAGAAGAAGAGGAAAUCAAGUCAAAAAAUGUGUGGUUGAAGGGGCACACAGACUUCGGGACCAUUACAAUUCUGUACAGUCAACCCGUCGCAGCGCUCCAGAUCUUGACCAAGGAAGGAUCAUGGAAAUGGGUCAAGCACAUUGAGAACGCUCUUAUAAUCAACGCGGGAGAUGCUUUGCAAUUUCUCUCAGGAGGAUUUUACCGAGCGACGAUCCACCGGGUGAUUCAACCGCCUCUUGAUCAGCGACAAUACACGCGGCUCGGUGUAUUCUACUUCUGCUUGACAGACGACGAUGUUUCUCUAGAGCCACAGCUCGAAAGUCCUGCACUUCAGCGCGUUGGUAUUACUCGUGCGUUCAAUGGCGCCGAAGCUCCGAAGAUGAUGGAGUGGAGGAGGGCCAGGACGGCUGCGUAUGGCCGGUCUGAACUUAAACCGGCUGAUAAAGGGGUGGAGGAAGAGGUUCUCCAUGGAGUUGUUGUAAGGCACUAUAACUGA